GUCGUUGUCUGCACCGUGACGGUCGAGUUUCGUCCUCCGUGCUGAACGCGUUGAAGGGUUUUAUCGGUUCAAAACAUCGAUAUCAGGUUUAAAAACUCUGCGACAGAAACUAUAAAAAAAACGGGAUUUCAUUCUUUUACUGGUCACUUCCGUUGUUGUUGUGGAGGGGGAACGCCUGUUUCUUCUCACCAGCGUGUCCCGUCGGCGGUGUUUGGUGUGAGUCGAGCUCAGGACCAAACAAACACUCCCAGUGGUGACUCUGCGCGUCAGUUGUGGGUUAUUUGAGGCUGUUGUGAUUCCCCACGUCCACGGACUUCCGUGCAGGAGCGAGCUCCAAACUCCCGGGUUAAACCUGUUUCACUUCGACUCGCACAGGUGUGAUCAUUCAAUCCUGAUUGGACCAAAACAGUCACCUGACACAAGGAUCGUCGCGGUCCAGGCUGCAGCUUCAUCAUGAACAUGAGACCGCGUGCGUCCGUGCUGCUGUCCUCCGUCUCCAGAGUGGUGCAGCUCAGAGGCGGAGCCUGCAUUCUAACAGCAGCGCCCUCCCGUGGUCUCCCACGCACCCCAGCGUCCUGCUCCCGCUCCUACUGCAGCUCCAUCAAAAGGCGCUCCUAUCUGCACUACAUCAAAAACAAGAUCAUAGCCCCUCCCACACCACCGUACAGUCACGUGUGCCAGGUGGGGGACCCGGUCCUGCGCUCGCACGCCGCAAACGUCGACCCUGCGGCGAUAGCGGACCCCGAGAUCCAAAAGGUCAUCAAGACCAUGGUGAAGGUGAUGCGGAAACAGGACUGUGUGGGACUCAGUGCUCCUCAGAUCGGGGUCCCGCUCCGCAUCGUGGCGCUGGAAUAUCCCGAGCAGAUGUUGCGGGAGAGCUCGGCUGCGUCGAGGGAGGCCCGCGGUCUCUCCGCUCAGCCCCUGAGGAUCUUCAUCAACCCAGCCCUGAGGGUUCUGGACGGACACACUGUCCUCUUCCGGGAAGCCUGCGAGAGCCUCUCAGGCUUCUCUGCCGCAGUUCCUCGUUUCCUGUCUGUGGAAGUGUCAGGUCUGAAUGAGAAAGGUGAAGCGGUCACGUGGCAGGCGAGCGGCUGGCCAGCUCGCAUCCUCCAGCACGAGAUGGACCACCUGGACGGCGUCCUCUACAUCGACCGCAUGGACAGCAGGACCUUCAUUAACAUCAAGUGGCAGGAGCACAACGAGUAACGAGGGGACAGACGCGGCGAGGAGACGCCGAACUUUCACAGGACGCCGUGAGACGGUGACGGACAGACUGCUUCCUGUGAAGAAAUGGAGGUCGUUGAGAAUAAAAGGCUCAUUGAGAACAGUUCAAGGGUUUUUCUGAACAUUUCUGCAUCAAAACAUCAAAAACAACCCUCACUUAUGUCAUUGAUGUUUGACUGGUUAACACACGUUAGCCCAAAAUCUGAGAUAUGCGUAUUUAUUUCAAAGGUCACCGACCGCGUCAUCAAUGAAAGUCGUCUUUUAGGGCUUUAAUACACUUUUAAAUGUUAAUAAAAUGUCAGGACUCAUCA